AUGUCUGGUUCGGGCAUUUUCUGGCGAGUAUACGGAUUGCUCCUUGAGAAGUCGCUGAUGGAUGAUAUGGAUUUGGAAAUGGUGGAGGAGUAUUACUUGAAAUCUGAAGGAAAAUCGCUUAUUUCUUCCAGAUCCGUUUCAUGCUUUUCGAUAAUAUCUGUCGUUAUUGCUAGCGGAUUCUGUGCUUCUUAUCACGUGUUAGGCCUUUUGGUAUGUCCUGCACUUUUCAUUGGUUUGCUGGAAACUACCAAAUGGUUUUGUUAUUAUGUCGUAUCUUCCUACAUUAAUAUAUCAGCUGAUUUCAAUGCUGUUUUUCAUCGUAUCAUUGCUACCAUCCGGUCCCGAGAAGUAGCUUUUUUCGGAUUGCGGAAAAAGUUUGAUAUGAAUGCGACGUUGUGCUUACGUUCACUUCGACUUGAAUUGUUGAAGGCGCUUCGUUGUGAUGUUCAAUGUCAUGUGCAUAUGUCGAAAACUUUGCACAAGUGUGGUGAUUCGGAAAAGUUAUUCUGUGAGAUGUUUACAUUCGAAUUGUCACGGUUGGCUUUAGAAGGCGAUAUAUACGAAGAAUUUCUCCAGCUGUCUGCCUUAAAGGAAUUGUGGCAACUAUUAUUUCUCGUACGGAGUGAAUAUCUUCGACUUUUUCUGUUGCAUUUAUCGCGUCCUUCGCACAGACUGAUACGUAUAGUUCUGAACCUAUUUCACGAAACACUGCUUCUAAGAAACAUAAAGACCAGGCUCGUAUGUAGUCUUGAAUUUAUCAACUUUCGCAAUUGCUGUGUAGCAGAGAACAAUAUACGCAAAUUUUCGCCUUUUUUAUCAACUACCGAGAAGAUUCUAGCACAUAUCGGUUUUGCUUCAGAAAUUUUAAGUAGCGAUGAAAUACCAGAAGAGAAAAAAUUUCUGUUUGUUACUGAAACAUUGAAAAAAGCGAUUGAAUUUUGUGCUGUCGAAGCACAUAUAGAACAAGAGGAUACAAAUCACUCAAAUAUGUCAUCAAACUCUUCAAUAUCGGGAGGUACUGAUGAGCCCCAAUCUUCUGCGGAUGAGAUGCCUGUUGAAAAGGUAUAUGAAGGAUUUCCUCUUGUCUCAGAAGACAAACAAAAGGACAUAUUUCUCCCCUCAUGGCAGGAAAGCGAUUCAAAUGAAGCAGUAGCAAGAUCUGUGGUUAUAGAGCUAAAAUCACGUCUUGUUGAGCGAAUUAAAGAAUUGGACACAGCUAAAACAGCGGAAAUUGAUCAUGCUCAAGGAAUGGCGACAGCUGAAGAUGGGUUUCGAGAAAUAACAGCAACUGAUGGGAGCUAUGAUGCUGAGCGAAACGAGUUUAAUUUUUUUAGUUCAGUUUCGAAAAGUAUUGGUAGACUUCAAUCGCCUGUAAAGUUAGAUUUAAAACAAGCCAUAUCUUUUAUAAAAUCAGCGCCAAGUGUUGAUUUUAUAGAUGAUGCUGGAAAUGAAUCAUAA